AUCCGGUGUGAGUAUUCUGAACGAGCCAUAGGUGAUAAACGUUUUCGAAGACGUCCAAACGCAGAGUAUAGAUAAUAAAAGACAUUUGGCUGUGUCUAGCUAAUAAUAAUGUCUUCGGGAACGAACAAUGCCAACGAUCCACGCCGGGCAAAUAAAGUAAACAGGUACAAACCUCCUCAGCCUGGCGGGCCCUCAGAUGAUCCUACCCCAGAUUAUAUGAACCUCCUUGGCAUGAUUUUCAGUAUGUGUGGACUGAUGAUGAAGUUGAAGUGGUGUGCCUGGGCAGCCGUUUAUUGUUCCUUUAUCAGUUUUGCAAAUUCUCGAACAUCAGAAGAUACGAAACAAAUGCUCAGUAGCUUCAUGUUAUCUAUAUCAGCUGUAGUAAUGUCUUAUCUACAGAAUCCCCAGCCGAUGUCUCCACCCUGGUGAAGGUAGAGUGACAAAGUGGCAAAGGUUCGAUGGGAGAUAACCAGACUAGGGAAAUGAACUUGUGUGAACCGACAGGAAAUUAUAAUACAGUGUAACUUUGUCAGCUGGUUCUAACAUUUACAUAUUCAGGUAAUAUCUUUGGGAUCGUGAUGCAUAUCAAGUUCAAUCUAACCUUGAACUCUACACACCAUGCCAGAUAUGAUGUGGAUCUUUUUUUUAAGCUUUACACAUAUUACCAGAAUUCUUCUGUAACAUCUGAUAAUACAAGUGACAUGGUUUCUGGGGGUUGCGAACGAGAUAAUGGUGUAGCCAGAAAUGUUACCUUGCUAUUUUCAGGCAGAUCCAUUUGUAUACAAGAUUGCUUGUAUGAACAGUAAACCUGGAAACUUCUGAAUCAGCAAAAAGUUGAUGGAACUGGAUUUUUAGGUCACCUGAGACAAAGUCUCACAUUCAUCCGCCUUCAUGCACCUGUAAAUAAUUUAACAUUUUCUACCUUUUCUCAGAAACCCCUAAUCUACUGUCAAUUAAAUUUUGCAGAAACCUUCCCCAGUCUUAGAUGAACCAAAAUUGUGAAUUAUAUAGUCCCCACUCACUAGAGGCCUGAGAGGCGGGGCCAAAAGGGGUCAAAUUGACUUGGAUUUCAAAAAUCUUCUUCUCAACACCCAGAUACAGUAGAAUCAAAUACUCUUUAUGAGUGCAAGCGUUUUAGAGUGCUUUAACAAAAUUGUGAAUUUCAUGGCCCCAGGGUCUCGCAUAUCCCCAUGGGGAGGGGGUACAGUUGACUAUAGUUUAUAUAGAAAAACUAAUUUUUUGAGCAUAUUUCAGACUUCGUUAGAAUUAUGAGUGAAGGGUGACAGCUUGAUGGUAUGCCCAUUUUGAUCCUGACUGACCCACAAGGGCUGAUGGGGGGCCAAAAGGGGUCAAAUUGCAUUUUUGAGCUUAACGCUGAUUAUUUCCCACUGGAAAUAACUUUAUAAGAAAUAACAGUAUAGGAUAACAGUUUUGAUGGUAUGCAUAUAUUGAUGCUGGCUUCCUAUAUUCAUUGUCACAAUUUCUGUUUCAUAACACUUAAUAACUAUCCUUUAACCUUUAUAUUCAAUAUUGCUUAUCUCAGGUGACCAUCAAGACCGCUAGACCUCUUGCAAUUUUUAAAAAGUUGCACAAGUGUGUAUUAAAAUGUGUAUGAUUAUCAUCAUGUGAAUAUGUAGUUGUUUAUUUUGUACAUAUUUAUAAAUGAAAUGUCAUGAAAUAAAUUUCUAUUUGGGAA